AACCAAAUUACCUUUGAAGGGAGCAAAACUUCUACAUCUUUUGGAGAAUACAUUCGACGAGUGUUUCAAGCCGUAAUUCUUCCAAUUCACCACCAAAAUACUGCAGAGACAAUGAUCAAUUCCAUCCGUAAUGAAUAUGCAAUAUAUAAACCGCAGCAUUGGAAUUGGACUUUAGUGAGAACAUAUGGUGAUUUCCUUGCAUCUGCUGCUAAAUCUUAUUCCAUGAACUGCAGAAUCAUGUCUCAACAAAUUUACCACGACGUUUACGUUUGCUUAGUAAGAUUUUUUUUGCUUCAAAUACCUGAAGUAAAGAAACGAUUACGUUUAUCUUCUGUGAUUGAAUUAUUCUAUAGUUGUCUGCAAAAGAAGGAUGUAAUUCUUCAAUAG